CUAACGCAUCCGAUGAAGUUUCUAACAGGUUUACCAAGUGAUAUUAUCAACGUUACUGUCUACGUUAAGACGGAGUCCGAUAAUGUGGCGACCGAGAGGGUCGUAGAAGGGCUUUGGCCAGUUUGUCAGCCACCGAUGUACCUAAGAGGGUCUCCCUCUCCUCCCACGUCGAUUUGUCUUGUACCGCAAUGGAUAAACUUCACGCAAUCUGCCAGCAACAUUUCUCAAAAAGAAAAUUCGUACGACGUCUUAUCGAUCGAGCUACCAGAGAGAAAAGAGAGGGUUGGUUAUCGUCCUUCGCCUACCACCGAAACUCCUUUCAACGUAGAAGUGGAUCGUUUGUCAGAGUCAACGUUACCUUCGAUUUCGAUUAAUUUGUCGUUUGGCCAAUCGCACGUUGCUCGAGCCUACGAACUUCUUCAUAGUCUGCCAGUAGAAAAUAUGUGA